ACAUUGUUCAUCCCUAAUAGUUGCAAAUUAAAUAUUUAUUUGUGCCCACUUUUUAAUUAGGAUAAUAAAUAAUGAGGGAUCGGGACCGUCGUGAGAGAGAUCGUGAGAGGGACAGGGAUCGGGACAGGGAUCGAGAGCGGGAUCGCGACAGACGCCACCGGUCCAAGUCGCCCGCCAGAAGCAGCCGGCAGAGCUCCAAGUCGAAGAAGAAGAAAUCCAAAAAGUCGAAGAAGUACUCCCGGAGGAGUCGCAGCAGCAGUCGCAGCUCCUCGCGAAGCUCCUCCAGCAGCAGGAGCAGUUCCCGCAGCAGACACAGCAAAAGCAGGAGCAGGGACCACAACAAAUCCCGAUCCGCAUCCCAGAGGACCACAAGGGCUCCCAGUUCGGAGAGCAACUCCAGGUCCGCGAUCACAUCCUCAGUUGCCCCUGCCAAAACCAAACCCAUUGAUCUGCUGGACACCAAGGUGCUGAAGGCUCUGGAGACCAUAGACGAGGACUCCUUCAAGCCAGCCUCCUUCUUCAGCUCCCGGGAUUCAAAGGAAUCCUCUGAGAAGGUGAUCAUAGACCUAAACAACGAAACGGUCACAGUUGCCAACAAGCCAGCCAUUGCAGUCAGAAACGAAGAUGUAAUAUUCCAUCCGAACUUCCUUGGCGACCCGGAUCUCAAGGCAGAGAAGUGGCUGCGCAAGCUCUACAAUUACCGCCAGAAGUACACGCAGGAGUAGUCGAGUUCGGACUCUGUAUUUAAGAAACAAUAAACCUAUGCCUAGAAUA